GCUGAGUUGUUUGCAGGAGGCACACUCAUAAACCACUCAUAUCUCAAAAACUGUUUUCACCUCUCUUUACAGGAAUGAUAAAGAAUAAGAGGGCCUUUCAUGGACCUUCUUGCUGCUGACAGGAAGUGAAUUGUAUGUGCUUGCUCAAAGAAUGCAUGAACAGCACAUCUUUUGGUAUCCUAAGGGGGAGUCCAGCAGCAAAUCCCUGGUUACUCUGCGUGUGGAUACAAUGGGGUUUUAUCUUUACUGGACCUGUCCAAAUAUGGAGGUUGAUAUUUUGGAUAUCAGCGUAAUAAGAGACACCCGGACAGGAAAAUAUGCGAAAAUUCCAAAGGAUACAAAAAUGAGGGAGAUUUUGGGAUUCACAGGCCCAGAGCAGCGCCCUGAGGAUAAGCUUGUUACAGUGGUAUAUGGCAAUGAUAUUGUGAAUAUCAGCUUCCUCAACUUUAUGGCUGUGCAAGAAGAUACAGCAAAGAUUUGGACAGAAGAGCUUUUUAAAUUGGCACAUAAUAUUCUGGCACAGAACUCAUCUCGGAACACCUUCCUGCAGAAAGCAUACACCAAACUAAAGCUGCAAGUGAAUCAAGAUGGACGAAUUCCAGUUAAGAAUAUCCUAAAGAUGUUUGCAGCUGAUAAGAAAAGAGUGGAAACAGCACUGGAAUCUUGUGGCUUGAACUUUAACAGGGGGGAUUCUAUUAAACCAGAGGAAUUUACACUAGAUAUUUUCGAACGCUUCCUGAACAAGCUGUGUCUGCGUCCAGAUAUUGAUAAGAUCCUUCUAGAACUUGGAGCCAAAGGGAAGCCAUAUCUGACUCUGGAGCAACUAAUGGACUUCCUAAAUCAGAAACAAAGGGACCCCCGGCUCAAUGAGAUUCUUUUCCCUCCACUAAAAAGAGACCAAGUGCGGCAGCUCAUUGAGAAGUAUGAGCCCAACAGGCAGUUCCUGGACAGAGACCAGAUGUCGAUGGAAGGUUUCAGCCGCUUUUUAGGUGGGCAUGAGAACAGCAUUGUUCCCCCGGAGAUCCUUGAUCUAAGUGAUGAUAUGAACCAGCCGCUCAGCAGCUACUUUAUUAACUCCUCCCAUAACACCUACCUCACAGCUGGCCAGCUAACUGGAAAUUCAUCAGUGGAGAUGUACAGGCAAGUGCUGUUGACUGGCUGCCGCUGUAUUGAGCUAGAUUGCUGGAAGGGUCGUCCGCAGGAUGAAGAACCAUUCAUAACCCAUGGAUUCACUAUGACCACCGAAAUUCCUUUUAAGGAAGUAAUUGAAGCAAUAGCAGAAAGUGCCUUUAAAACAUCGCCGUUCCCAGUCAUUUUGUCAUUUGAAAAUCAUGUUGACUCUUCAAAGCAGCAAGCAAAGAUGGCCGAGUACUGCAGGAACAUCUUCGGAGAUGCGUUGUUAAUAGACCCGCUGGAGAAGUAUCCUCUCCAGCCUGGAGUUGCACUUCCUAGUCCCCAGGAACUUAUGGGUAAGAUCCUAGUGAAGAAUAAAAAAAGACACAAAGUGGCAGUAAAAGGCCCAGAAGGCAGUGUAAAAAGAAGGGUCAGCGAACAAACCUCCAAUACUUACAGUGACUCAUCCAGUGUUUGCGAGUCUUCUGCUACAGGUCUACCACCUUCAGAAUCAGCUGAUGUUUCAUUGACACUUUCCAAUGGGGAUGAAAAAAUCGAGGAGAAACCCCCUAAAUAUACAGAGCCACGGAAAUCGAUUGAUCAUGAUGCUUAUAGUGAGGAGGAAGAAGAAGAAGAGCCGUCAGAUCCCAAGAAAUCUGAUGAGGGUACAGCAAGUAGUGAGGUGAAUGCCACAGAGGAGAUGUCCACACUUGUGAAUUAUGUAGAACCUGUUAAGUUCAAGUCAUUUGAUGCGGCCAAAAAAAGAAAUAAGUAUUAUGAGAUGUCCUCAUUUGUUGAAACCAAGGCAUUGGAGCAGCUCACUAAAUCCCCAAUGGAAUUUGUGGAAUAUAACAAGAAGCAGCUCAGCCGUAUUUACCCAAAAGGAACUCGGGUAGAUUCCUCAAAUUACAUGCCCCAGCUCUUCUGGAAUGCAGGAUGUCAAAUGGUGGCUUUGAACUUUCAAACGCUGGAUCUUCCAAUGCAGCUGAAUGUGGGCAUUUUUGAGUAUAAUAGACGCAGUGGUUACCUCCUCAAACCGGAAUUCAUGUGCAGGACAGACAAGCAUUUUGAUCCUUUUACUGAAAAUAUCGUCGAUGGAAUUGUCGCAAAUACGGUUAAAAUCAAGAUUAUAUCAGGGCAGUUCCUAUCUGAAAAGCGAGUAGGCAUAUUCGUAGAGGUCGAUAUGUUUGGUCUGCCAGUUGAUACCAAGAGGAAAUUUCGCACAAAAACAUCCCAAGGAAACUCAUUUAAUCCUGUCUGGGAUGAAGAGCCAUUUAUUUUGCCUAAGGUUGUACUCCCCACACUUGCCACUCUCCGCAUUGCUGUCUUUGAAGAAGGUGGAAAGUUUGUAGGUCAUCGAAUCCUGCCUGUCUCAGCUAUCCGACCAGGAUAUCACUACAUUUGCCUUAGAAAUGAGCUUAACCAGCCUGUCUGUCUCCCAGCGCUGCUUGUUUACACUGAAGUAAAUGAUUAUAUUCCUGAUGACCACCAGGGCUAUGCGAAUGCCUUAACUAACCCCAUCAAGCACAUCAGCCUCAUGGACCAAAGGGCAAAGCAACUGGCAGCUCUAAUGGGAGAGAAUGAGCAACCAUUCAACAAAGACAAGAUUGAUUGGGAUCCAAUAUCAAAGCCCCCAAUAAGAUCCCGCGAUGAUACCCCAGAGAAGAUUAAAAUACCCAUUAUUCCUGUGCCUUCCCCACCAGCGCAACGAGAUGACCACAUUGCCAGUGUGCUGACAGACAUACAAGCCCCCACCAUGGAAGAGCUGAAAUCUCAAAAGAGCUUUGAGAAAUUGAUUUGCCGCCAGUACCGAGAACUGCGUCAACUACGCCGCAAGCACCUGCGCAAGGUGUCGUCUCUGUGCAAGGAGCAGAGCACUUGGGUGACACCUCUGCAGAGUCUUCGCAGGAGGAAGCCAUUUGGAAGAAGCCAUAGAGGAGUGUCUGGGGCAGAUCAGGAUGCUGAGCAGAAGUUAAUGGAUAUGCAGCGGGACCAACAAAAACGUCUCCUGGAACUAAGGGAAAUUCAACAUGAGCAGGAACGCAAACUGAAACACAGCCACUUACUGCAGGCUGUUCAGAAGCUCCAGGAAGUGGCCAUUUCCUAUCAUUCCACUCAACUCAAGAAGUUAAAGGAAAUCAAUGAAAAGGAGAAGAAAGAGCUGCAGAAGAUCCUGGACAGAAAAAGACAUAACAGCAUUACAGAGGCCAAGUCACGGGAGCGGCAGAAAAAGGACGUGGAACUGACAGAAAUUAACAGGCGGCACAUUAACGAGUCCGUAAGCUCCAUACGAAGGCUGGAAGAGGCCCAGAAAAGGCGUCAGGAGAAGCUGCAGACGGCUCACCAGGAAACAUUGCAAAGGAUAAAGGAUGAGGAACCAAAGCUGCAGGCACAGUUAGAUGAAGCAUGCCAGGCUGAGUUCUGCCAGCUACCCCAAGAAGUCCGCCGUUACCUGCAGGAAGAUGGUUGGGUUGGAAGUGGUUCAGGUCCCCCCUCAUCUUCGCACAGCAGCCCACCCUCAAUCACCCGGAGCUGGGGGUCGGAGUCUGGCGAAAAAGAUUCUCUUCAUUCCCCGGGAGAUUCAAGUGAUGAAGCCACCAGGCUCUGACCCCCCACCCCCUAAAAAUAUAGAAAUAAACUUUUUUACUUUCAGAAGCUAAUCUUGGAAUCCAAUAGUAUACAGGGUACUGAUAAAAUAAGAAUUACCCAGGAUGCACCUGUGUACAAGAGCACCUCAUAAUCAGAGGGUCACAGGAGCUAGCACUCCACACAAAGAAUCCAGAUCUCCCCUGCUCAGUGCCCCCAAAUCUGAUCCAUUCAGCGUCUGUGUAUUCUGUGUCGUCACUGAUGUGAGGAGAGGAAAGUGGACAUGGUACCUGAGUGAGUGAGCGUGUGAGUGAGAGUGUGAGUGUGAACUCUAUGAUGCAGAACACUAUGGGACAAGAAGUACUGAGCGACCCGCGAACAGAAACUGUAGCUAAAAUAUAAACUGCUUCUAUAUUACAGAGUAUUUUGCAACAUUGGCAAAUAUAUAUAUAUUUAUUUAAAGGGAUACUGUCGUCAGAGUAAAAGUGUUUACUUAUAUCAGAAAUAUGUUUUAUAUUUGUGUAAAAGUAGUGUAGUUUGGGAAAAACUGAAAAAAAAAAGUCUAGUUAUGUUUGUGCUUUGUGGCAGUUUCUACUUCCUUACUGGUAAAUAACAGCAGUACUCUGUUGCUUUAAGGCAGAUAUUCUAGAUACACACUGAGGGCUAGCGCAUUCCUAUCACAUGAUGCAGAUCAGGAUGAGUUAAAGGGAUUCUGUCAUGAUUUUUAUGAUGUUGUUUUUAUUUCUAAAUUACACUGUUUAUACUGCAAAUAAUUUACUGUAUAAUAUAAAACUUUAUUCCUGAA